CGUCGGGGAGCGCGCAGCCUUCCCUCCCUCUGCAGACCCAUUGAGACACACAAGAAAGGAGAGCGAGCGAGGCAGCACCAUGACCGAGACGACCAAGACUCACGUUAUCCUCCUGGCCUGCGGCAGCUUCAACCCCAUCACCAAAGGGCACAUUCAGAUGUUUGAAAGAGCCCGGGAUUAUCUGCACAAGACAGGAAGGUUCAUUGUCAUUGGUGGAAUUGUCUCACCUGUACAUGACUCCUACGGGAAGCAGGGUCUGGUCUCCAGCCGACAUCGCCUGACAAUGUGCCAGCUGGCUGUUCAGUCCUCUGACUGGAUAAGGGUGGACCCCUGGGAAUGUUAUCAGGAUACUUGGCAGACCACCUGCAGUGUGCUGGAACAUCACCGGGAUCUGAUGAAACGAGUGACUGGUUGCAUCCUCUCCAACGUGAACACACCUUCCUUGACCCCAGUGAUUGGGCAGCCUCAGAACGAGUCCCCACAGCCUAUCUAUCAGAACAGCAACCUCUCGAACAAGCCCACCGCAGCAAAGUUUUUGGGGAAGGUGGGAGAAAGCCUGAGCAGGAUUUGCUGUGUUCGUCCACCGAUGGAGCGUUUCACCUUUGUGGAUGAAAAUGCAAAUUUGGGAACAGUGAUGAGAUAUGAAGAGAUUGAGCUCCGAAUCUUGCUGCUGUGUGGAAGUGACUUGCUGGAGUCCUUCUGCAUUCCAGGCCUAUGGAAUGAAGCUGACAUGGAGGUGAUAGUUGGGGACUUUGGCAUUGUUGUUGUGCCACGAGAUGGAACUGACACAGACCGGAUCAUGAACCACUCCUCAAUACUCCGGAAGUACAAAAACAAUAUCCUGGUUGUGAAAGAUGAUGUGAACCACCCCAUGGCCAUUGUCAGUUCAACUAAGAGCAGACUGGCUCUUCAGCAUGGUGACGGUCAUGUGGUGGAUUACUUGUGUCAGCCAGUCAUUGAUUACAUCCUCAAGAGUCAGCUGUACCUGAAUGCCUCUGGCUAAAGCUGCCUCGGAGUUGCACCAUGGCAGCCCUAUUACUCUACUCUCCUAUGGUUGCUCAUCACAAUUCUCUCUUUCUCACUCUCUCAUUUCUUUCUCAUUGCCUCUUGUGUGCAUCUGCCUGUUUCACUCUGAUGUCCCACCACCACUACCAAAUGCUGGGAAGUGCUGCAUACAACAACCAGCCGAGUGCACACUCCAUCCAGUAAUCUUCCCCCUUCUAGUUAGGAGAGAAAAUGGAAGAGAGAAUCAGAUGCCACGUGCCUCAGGGGGACAGCUUUGGUGUCUACCUUCCCAGCAUGCAUUAUUAGGGGAUGGAACCUUGCAUACCUUUCUACCACACCUUGGAAGCCAGGAAGGUAUUUUCAUAAUACGUCAGCUAAAUAAAUUUCAGUGGGCCUUUUUAUUUUUAUUGCAGGGUUUUUCCCCUCUGCCUCUAUUUUUGGCUUUCUAAUAAAUUGCUGUGAUCCAUUCAAAUUAGAAUGUGGUUGGCAGAAGGAGAUUCUGACCCACUUGGUACAAAGCCCAGACUUUUUAGGUCAAGCAUGGAAGAUGGAAAAAGGAAGAAAAAGAAAA